AUGACCUUCUACUUGUCUACAUUUCCUCAGCAUGGGAAAGACGUGGACCUGUUAAAGCAGGUCCAGAGGAGGGUCACAAAGAUUAUCAGACGGCUGGAGCACGUCUCCUACGAAGACAGGCUGAGAGAGUUUGGGUUGUUCAGCCUAGAGAAGACAAAUCUCUGGGGAGACCUUAGAACAGCCUUCCAGUAUCUAAAGAGGGCCUAUAAGAAAGAUGGGCAGGAACAGUGUGGCCAGCAGGAGCAGGGAAGUGAUCCUUCCCCUGUACUCUGCAUUGGUGAGGCCACACCUUGAGUAUUGUGUUCAGCUCUGGGCCCUCAGUUCAGGAAGUAUACUGAGAUGCUGGAGCGGGUCCAGAGAAGAGCAACGAGGCUGGUGAAGGGACUUGAGCACAAGUCCUAUGAGGAGAGGCUGAGGGAGCUGGGGUUGUUUAGUCUGGAGAAGAGAAGGCUUAGAGACGACCUCAUCACUCUCUUCAACUACCUGAAGGGAGGUUAUAGCCAGGCGGGGGUUGGUCUCUUCUCCCAGGCAACCAACAAUAGGACAAGGGGACAUGGGCUCAAGCUCUGCCAGGGGAGGUUUAGGUUAGAUGGUAGGAAGAAAUUCUUUACAGAGAGGGUUAUCAGGCAUUGGAACGGCCUACCCAGAGAGGUGGUGGAUUCACCAUCCCUGGAGGUUUUUAAAAAGAGAUUGGACGUGGCCCUUAGUGCCAUGAUAUAGUAAUUGGAGUUGGAUCAAGGGGUUGGACUUGAUGAUCUUGGAGGUCUUUUCCAACCUAAUCUAUUCUAUGAUUCUAUGAUUCUAUG